AUGGCAGAAGUACAAAGGAAGCUGCAGGAACUUUCCGAAAAGUACCAAAGCCUCCAAGCAGAUCUCGGAACCAAAGUUGAGGCACGCCAAAAACUGGAGUCGCAACAACAGGAGAACAGCACCGUCAAGAAGGAAUUCGACAUACUCGACGACGAUGCCAAUAUCUACAAGCAAAUCGGCCCGGUGCUGUUGAAGCAGGAUAAGACAGAGGCGGUCAUGGCAGUGAAUGGACGUCUGGACAAGGACAUUGAGAAGCAAAUCCAGGGCAUACAGGAAAACAGCGAGAAGAUCAAGGGCGAGAUUAUCCAGAUCCAGACGGCGGCGCAGCAAUCGCAGGCAGCAGCGUCAUAA